AUCUUCAGUCGCCUGCAGCUGGAAGGCAGAAUUGAUUGUCGGCAGUGAUACUGACAUUGCUCUAUCUCUAUCAGUUCAGAUAUCCUCGUUGCGCUUCCUCUCGCUCGCGUUUCUUCCUCUUCUUACGUGCGGGGUUGUACCUUAGCCUAACGUCCCGACCCCGCUAUCACCACCUUCACCAUCACCCCUCUUGUUGACGCCCACUCACCAAUACCGUCACAAUGAGUUUUGCCAAUAUGUUCAAUAAGCUGUCGGGGCAGCCCGAGAGCUACGAGAAGAAGUCGCUGUAUCGAUUUGGACGAACCCUCGGUGCUGGAACAUAUGGUAUCGUCCGCGAAGCAGACUGUUCUUCCGGGAAGGUUGCGGUAAAGAUUAUCCUGAAGCGCAACGUUCGGGGUAACGAGCGCAUGGUCUAUGACGAGCUGGAUCUGCUGCAAAAGCUGAACCACCCUCACAUUGUUCACUUCGUCGAUUGGUUUGAGUCUAAAGAUAAAUUCUACAUUGUCACACAAUUAGCCACUGGUGGCGAGCUUUUCGAUAGAAUUUGCGAGUACGGCAAGUUCACAGAGAAGGAUGCGUCACAAACCAUCCGCCAGGUGCUCGAUGCCGUCAACUACCUACAUCAACGCAAUAUCGUCCACCGAGACUUAAAACCAGAAAACCUUCUUUACCUUACCCGUGAUCUGGACUCGCAACUAGUCCUCGCCGACUUUGGAAUCGCAAAGAUGUUGGAUAACCCAGCCGAAGUGCUGACCAGCAUGGCGGGGUCAUUCGGUUAUGCCGCUCCCGAGGUCAUGCUCAAGCAAGGACAUGGCAAAGCUGUGGACAUCUGGUCGCUCGGUGUCAUCACAUACACCCUGCUAUGCGGAUACUCGCCCUUCCGAUCCGAGAACCUGACCGAUCUCAUCGAGGAGUGCCGCUCCGGGCGCGUUGUCUUCCACGAGCGCUACUGGAAGGAUGUCUCCAAAGAUGCUAAGGAUUUCAUUCUCAGCUUGCUGCAGGUGGAUCCGGCGCAGCGGCCCACGUCCGAGGAAGCCCUGAAGCACCCCUGGUUGAAGGGUGAAUCUGCCAGCGACCGCGACUUGCUACCCGAGAUCCGCGCGUACAUUGCUCGCUCUCGCCUCAAGCGAGGUAUUGAGAUCAUCAAGCUUGCGAACCGCAUCGAAGCGCUCAAGAUGCAAGAAGAAGAUGAAGAAGACAUUCCCAGUGCAGUUGACGUACAGGCUUCGGAAGCGUCUGACAAGUCCGGUCUAUCACCGUUCCCUGCUCUUUCAACAGAGAACAGCAACACACACCCUGCAUCAACCGGUAAUGGAGAAUCAGGCGGUACUAAGAAGCGCAGCUUAAGCAAGAUUGCGCGAGGUGCUAUCUUCCGUGAGGUCGUCCUCGCCAAGGUGCGCGAGAUGAAGGAAAACGAGGAGCGAGAAAAGGUCGAACGCGAAGCUCGCGAGCGGGCUCACUCAUGAAACCUCUGAAUAUUGGGCGGUUGAUUAGCAUUUCUUUUCCAUCUUCUCAAGAGUCGAGACCUGAAAUGUCGGACACAUACGUAUUCUGUGACUACUGUUCAAGUGAUUCCCCUUUACUAUUUUUGAAUGACGGAUAUUUACUAUCGAUAAAUUGGGUUCUGCACAGAUCUAUGGUACGGGGCAGUCCCGGUUCUUGCUUUUUUCGAAUUUGCCUGAGCUGCAGUUUGCAUGACGACUCCAUAAUCAAGUCCGCUAUUUGCAUCAUAC